AUGAACUGGAUUAUUGUAGGAGGAUUGGCAGUACUGUUGGUAUACCUACAGCUUCGAUGGAUAUCCCCUAUAGUCUCAUCCCCUUACAUGGAUGAGAUAUUUCAUAUCCGACAAGCUCAAAAAUAUUGUAAUGGAAUCUGGAACGAAUACGAUCCCAAACUCACUACACCUCCUGGACUAUAUUUCGCAUCCCUGGCUAUUCUCACACCGUUAAAAUUCAUUGCUACAUGGACGGAUCCAUGCAGUACCACGAUGCUACGACUCACAAACACCAUAUUCGGUGUUGGGAUUUACAUUGUUUCGUAUUUGCUGCUACAACAUCUGCAUCCAUCUGAACGUGGAAAGAAUAUGGGAGCGCUAGUAAUUGCAAUAUUCCCAGUGUCCUUCUUCUUUAAUCUGUUGUACUACACGGACUCGGGAUCGACGCUGUUUGUAUUACUGUCGUAUUGGAUGAUGGUGAAGGGAUUGUAUGGAGGUAGUUCCGUGGCAGGUCUCAUCGCAUUUGCAUUUCGCCAAUCUAAUAUCGUUUGGACUGUCUUUACUGCUGGACUGGCUACUAUAUCUGUUGUUAAGCAGAAUCUUAAUACGGAGCAGAUUGAGAUGCUAGAUUCUACGAUGUCGGAUCUAGCUCUGCAGAGACGGGGAGACAGACGAUAUAUCCUGACUCUUAUACUAUCCAUUCUCACAAACAUCUCAUUGCUUCUGAGCAAUCUGUGGCCGUACUUGAUAAACAUUCUAGUGUUUCUUGCGUAUCUGAAAUGGAAUGGGGGAAUAGUGUUAGGUGAUAAAGCCCAUCACAUCGCAUCUAUAAACAUACCGCAAGUGUUUUACUUUUGUGGAUUCUUGGUCUUUUUCGCUGUUCCACUGCUGAUUACUCAAGUGAAUAUGAACGAGCUGAAGAGUUUACGAAACCUCCUACGGUUUGCGACAUUCUUGCCUGUGGCAAUUUAUAUUAUAUCUCGAUACACGUACGGCUUACUGGUUUACUCCUCGUGUAUGUAUUCCGAAUUCAACGAUACUUCAACCAAGUAG